UUUCCCGUGCAGAUCAUCUGUUGUCUUCACUUGUCGCUAUGAACUUGCGACAAACAUGGGAAGACCACAAACUGAUGUUUGGCAUCUACUUGGUCGGAUUUCUGGAUCUCCUUGCUGUGUCGCUUAUAGUCCCCAUUAUGCCCAAACAUUUGGAGUCUCUUGGGGCCAGCAAAACGAUGAUUGGAUUUCAUGCGUCAUUGUACGGCGUCUUACAACUGGUAUCAAGUCCUGUUGUGGGGAAAUUGAGUGAUGUUUAUGGACGACGUCGAGUGUUACUGUUUGUUCUAUUGUGUUGUUCGUGUUCAUACAUGCUGUUUGGUUUGACUACCACAUUAUGGAUAUUCUUUCUCUUUCGAAUACCAUCAGGUCUACUGAAGCACAGUCUCACUCUUGGCCGAACUUGUGUUGCAGAUGUCAGCAGUGAGGUGGAUCGUCCUGGCAGGAUGGGUCGUUACAAUGCCAUAUCGUCGAUCGGUUUUGUCAUCGGGCCUGCUCUUGGAGGCAAUCUGAUGGCAACCACUGGAGGUUUCAAGUUUGCAGUCACCAUGACAGCAUUCGUUUUCCUCAUCAAUUUUAUUGUAUCGUGGUGGCUUGUCCAUCCCGACCAGCACACGAAUAAAGAUCAUACAAUCACUGACAGUGAUGAUACGUUUAGUUUCAAAGGGUCGAUAGCAUUCAUGAGAUCAGAGACAUGGCCCAAAGUGUCCGGUCUCAUGUUGGAACGUUUUAUAAUCAGUGUUAGCGUUUUAAUGCUUCGUAGCAACUUCAGCUUGUUUUUGGAGCACAAGUAUAAUGCUGGGCCGCAGAUAAUAGGAUAUAUAGUGUCAUUCAGUGGAGUCAUUGCCUUUGGAUCUGCUAUGAUUACGGGAUUUGUUACUCGAAUGUACGGCAAUGAGUCAAGAUUGAUGUUUCACUCGUCUCUGUUGAUGCUUGCUUCUCAGAUUGGUCUCAACUUUGCUACACAUAUUUCGUUUGUCUUCAUUUUACUGAUUCCUUUUGGGUUUGCUUCGUCGAUAAUGCGUGUUGUCGUUGCUCAUCUUCUGUUGCAGAGAGUCUCGCCGAGAGAGAAGGGUGAGGUGAUAGGAAUGGGACAGUCAAGCAUCGCAUUGGCUCGGAUUGUUAGUCCGCAGUUGGCUGGUCUAGCUAUGGAACACAGUACUGAGUUACCAGGGACGAUUGGAAUAGCAUUUGCUGCUUUGGCUAGUGGACUGAUCUACAAACGUACUUUACAUCAUGUCGAACAAAAGAAAGAUUGAUAGCAUGUAAAGGUAUGCCAAGUGGCAUUGUUAACUUAAUGUAUUCAUAUUACAUUACUUUCAAACCAUUUAUUUUAUGUUACUCUUUGAUCCCAAAGUAUCUGACUAAUGUCAAGUUGCAA